AUGAUGCUGGCAGUUAUUUUCGCAAUAGUCACCUUAAUGAAAGCGUUUCACAUCGUCAGAACAUUAGACGGCGGGUCGCUAGAGCAGGAAAUCCUUCAUGAAUUACUCACAAACUACGAUAUGCGACUAUCGCUUCUUAGACAAGUGUUUGCAGAUCCGAGCGAACCGGUAACAGUACGAGUAAACAUAAUGAUCAGGAUGUUAUCGAAGAUAGACGUCGUCAACAUGGAAUACAGCAUGCAACUGACAUUUCGAGAACAAUGGCUAGACACUCGUUUGGCGUACGCUCAUCUCGGCUAUGAUAACCCGCCCCAGUUUCUUACCGUACCACACAUCAAAAACAACCUCUGGAUUCCAGAUACCUUCUUUCCGACGGAGAAGGCGGCCCAUAGGCACUUAAUCGAUACUGAAAACAUGUUUCUUCGAAUCUAUUCGAACGGGAUGGUACUGUACAGUAGCCGAAUUAGUAUCACCAGCUCUUGUCAUAUGCAACUGCAACUCUACCCGCUUGAUUUGCAGUAUUGCGACUUCGACCUAGUCAGCUAUGCCCACACGAUGAAGGAUAUCAUCUAUGAAUGGGACCCCACAGUUCCAGUUCAACUGAAACCAGGCGUCGGAAGCGACCUUCCAAAUUUUCAGCUCCAAAACAUCACAACAAACGCCGAUUGUACCAGUCACACUAACACAGGCACACUUCCACCACUUAUGCACUGUUUGCUUUCCAUACAGCACGAGAAUAUGAGCGCGGUUGUUCUAAUUCAUACGUUGUUUAAAGGAAUAGAACUGAAGGGCUCGUAUGCCUGUCUCAGAAUGCAGCUGAUACUAAAGCGGCAGUUCAGCUACUACUUCGUACAACUCUAUGGUCCUACGACAAUGAUCGUAAUCGUCUCAUGGGUGUCAUUCUGGAUCGAUAUGCACUCUACAGCUGGUCGUGUAGCUUUGGGUGUCACCACUCUACUCACCAUGACCACAAUGCAAGCGGCCAUCAAUGCUAAAUUGCCGCCGGUCAGUUACGUGAAGGUGGUGGACGUGUGGUUAGGAGCCUGUCAAACAUUCGUAUUUGGUGCCUUAAUCGAGUACGCAUUCGUCUCUUACCAGGACAGCUCACGAAAAAGUGAGCAGGCCAGGGCGAAUGAAAGUCGGAAGGCACAGAAACGACGGUCAAAUAUGGAUCUCGUUGGGGUGGACGACUAUCAAUCAUAUCAACCACCAUGCACUUGUCACCUGUACAACAACUCUCGUCCGUCGUUUCGGGAUCGGUUACGCAGUUACUUCACCAAGCCGGACUAUCUGCCAGCCAAAAUCGACUAUUACGCUCGAUUCUGCGUGCCGCUCGGAUUUCUAGGCUUCAACGUCAUGUACUGGACGUUCUGCUAUCAGAUGGCCUCCAAAGCUCACCAUUUGUGA